GAUAUAACGCUCUUAUUAAAACAGCCCACGUCGCCCGAGUCCCUCGCCGUCCAUAUCCCUCCACAUCCUCUCCACCCCGCACUCGCUCCCCUCACCAACCUCCCCCGCGCGUCGCCGCCACUCGCGAGGGUCUACACCCGCCGCCGCUCCGCCGCCGAUCCCCCGCCGGUCCCGUCUCCGCCCGAUCGGUCUCGCGAGGAGGAGCUGAGGUGAACAUGGAAUCGGCCGCAGCGACAGCGUUCCGGUCGUCGACGGUCGGCGCGUUGAGGCCGUCGCCGUGCGCGUCUAGAUCGGCCGUCUUGGCGGCCGACGGGCCUGGCUUCGUGCGGUUCGGCGCCGGACUGCCUGCCCCGUCGAAGCAUUACACUUCUAGUCUUCGCUCAAGGGCAGGUCAUAGGAGAGUGGCGGUGGGAAGCAGGAGAUGUAUGGUUAGAGCGUCCGCUUCUUUUGAAUCGGCAGGUUCUAGUGCUCCUAUUGCACCGCUUAAGCUGGAAUCACCCAUUGGGCAGUUUCUAUCGGAGAUCUUAGUGAGCCAUCCACAUCUUGUGCCUGCUGCAGUUGAGCAGCAGCUUGAACAGCUCCAGACCGACCGUGAUGCUGAGACAAAAAAGGAAGAACCUAAUGCUUCUGGUACAGAGCUGGUUUUGUACAGGAGAAUUGCUGAGGUAAAGGCUAACGAAAGGAGAAAGGCUCUGGAAGAGAUUUUGUAUGCAUUGGUGGUGCAAAAAUUCAUGGAUGCAAAUGUAUCCCUGAUUCCAUCCAUAAAUACUUCUUCAGAACCUUCAGGUCGAGUUGAUGGUUGGCCUAUUCAAGAAGAGAUGCUUGAGCAGCUUCACUCUCCCGAAGCCUAUGAGAUGAUCCAAAAUCAUCUGGCUCUCAUUUUGGGGAAUCGCAUGGGUGAUAAUAAUUCCGUUGCCCAGAUAAGCAAACUCAGGGUUGGACAAGUCUAUGCAGCGUCAGUGAUGUAUGGGUAUUUCCUCAAGCGGGUUGACCAGAGAUUUCAGCUUGAGAAAACAAUGAAAAUUCUCCCUAGUGCGUCCGAUGAUGAUGAGGUUAAUAAUGUUCAGCAAGUUGUUGGAGAAGACAGAAAGCCAGACACUGGAGAUGAUACUUUCCAGACGGUGCAGUCCCAUCCUGAAGUUUCAUCGUGGUCUGGCGGCGUAAGCCCUGGGGGUUUUGGUAGUGGAAUAAAACCCUCCAGGUUGCGCACCUAUGUGAUGUCUUUUGAUGGAGAGACACUUCAAAGAUAUGCAACAAUUAGAUCAAAAGAAGCUGUGAGCAUCAUUGAAAAGCACACAGAGGCCUUGUUUGGAAGACCCGAGAUUGUUAUAACACCUGAGGGUACAGUAGAUUCUUCGAGGGAUGAGCAUAUCAAGAUCAGCUUUGGUGGUUUGAAGAGACUUGUCCUGGAAGCUGUAACUUUUGGUUCUUUCCUUUGGGAUGUUGAGAGCUUUGUUGAUUCUAGAUAUCAUUUUGUGAUGAAUUGAAGCAUGUUUGCUGGCGAUUGUGCUAGGCCAAAGCCGAUGAGGUUGCCCAACUGGCUAUCUUGGACAAAAGAGUGCAACACAUCGGUGGUAGAUCUGGCUUUAGCUUCUGCUACUUGUCUGUACAUAUGCAUGGGACUGUUCUUGCUAAGGAGGGAGGAGAGUCAAAUUUGGUACUAAUGCAAUCACUCAUCUGGUCGUCUCUUUGGAAACUACCUUCUCCUUUGACCCUCAAAUAUGUUAUAGGAAAUGGUCUUCAUAUGCAUCUUAAGUUGAUGAUCAAUUAUUUUGCUGGUGAUUGAGAAGCCAAAGAAAUUCGAAGUCCAGGGGGAAAAAUCAAUGUCCACUUCUGAUAGCUUAGGAGGAGAAUAACUUGCACAUUUGUGAUGACUUUGUCGUUGAAAUAAACUUGCUGAGUAUUAAUUAACCAGCAAUUCCAUAGGUAUGUCCAGUUUAUCUAUAAAUUUGGUUGAGCAGUGUGAUGAGAUGACAUGUGUUGGAGUGUUAGUUUUUAGGCCAAAGCAGGUAUAAGCUGCAUUGAAGGCUCCACAUGGUACUUGAAGGAUAUGCAAAAGUUAUUGUCUACUAAACUUUGCAAAGAUGGUAUCUACCCCCUUGUUUUUGUCGUUGUUUA